UUUCUUCGUUGACGCUCUCUCUCGGUUCACCGAUUCGACACUGAUUUUCUAGUAUCGCCUGACACCAAAAAAGCUUCGUGAGGAUAAGUGAUGGCGGUUCAGCUCACCGACGAACAGAUCUCCGAAUUCAAGGAAGCCUUCUCUCUAUUCGACAAGGAUGGCGACGGUUGCAUCACCACGAAGGAGUUGGGAACUGUGAUGCGUUCUUUGGGACAGAAUCCGACUGAGGCUGAGCUCCAGGAUAUGAUUAAUGAGGUUGAUGCUGAUGGUAAUGGGACGAUUGACUUCCCUGAGUUCCUCAACCUGAUGGCUCGCAAGAUGAAGGACACUGAUUCCGAGGAGGAACUCAAGGAAGCUUUCAGGGUCUUCGACAAGGACCAGAAUGGAUUCAUAUCUGCAGCUGAGCUCCGCCACGUGAUGACAAAUCUCGGGGAGAAGCUAACUGACGAGGAAGUUGAUGAGAUGAUCCGUGAGGCUGACGUGGAUGGCGAUGGCCAGAUCAACUACGAGGAGUUCGUCAAGGUCAUGAUGGCCAAGUGAGAAACUGACCAACUCCCCAAGUUAAUUUUUUUUUAAGUAUUUAAGAUUGACAAAAAAUGAAGCAGGAGUUCGAUAAGAUGUGCUUUUGACAUUAUUAGCUUCGUUGUUUGGGUGCUUACCUGUUUUUUCCUGCAUGCAUUGUUUCAAAGUGCUGUUCUUUAGUAUAUGCUUGUUUUUUUUUGCCCUGUAUUUUAGUACUUUUGGUUAGUCUUCGCAACUAUUUUCCUUCAGUAUUUUGUGUCUAGAACAUUUGGAGAACUUUGUGCUUUGAUAUUUUUUCAUCAGUGGAGAAUUUGUUGAUAUUCCAA